AUGCGACAGGCCAUAUCCACCCGCACCUCUGGUGCAAUUCGAAGGGAUGUUCAAAUAGCUCAAACUUCCGCCGUCCCGUAUUCUUCGUACGGAGGUUCGUCAUCUACCUACGACGACGGUCAGUGGCACGGAGGGUAUUCGUCGGGCAAUUCGUACGGUCAGCAAAGUUCAUACGGUCAACAAUCGGGGCAGUCAGGCGAUAUGUCCUCAGGAAGCGCGGGCACAGGAAGCUCGGGCUCGAGCGGUGCCUCCAAUGCAGGAGCUCAAGGCGGUGCUGCCGCCCAAGCCAGUCCUGUUGCUUCGACAGAAAAAUCAGCUUCAUCGUGGUCUGAAGGGAGUUCCACCAACAGUGCCCAGGGCAAUACCGACUCGUGGACUAGUCAAUAUGUUCCAAACUCGCCGUCUCCAUCUGUUGUAAGCGCGACAUGGGAGACUUCGGCCAUUCCCACACAAACAGCCAGCUGGACGACAAUGACAUCGACCACUUCUAAAACCAGCAAUAGCACACCCACCCGCUCGAGCACUACCGAAAAAGAAACGCCUGCCAGUACAACAACAGCGGCCUCCGCCGCAGGUACCUCGCAUGGUCCUACCCCCCUGUCUACCAAGUUGGCUAUCGGCCUCAGUGUCACAGUGGCGGUCGUCGCCAUCCUAGGAUUCUUCGUGUGGUCAUUGCACCGGAAGAAGCGUGCCUUGCAAAAGGCGAUAGCUGGUAACAAGGCCAGGGCCGAGAAACCAGACCCUAGCCCACCGCAACCCUCUAUGAUGAAGAGGUACGCCAGCAGCUUCUGCAAUGGUGUAUCAACCAUCAAGUUCAAAUCCACCAGAUCGCGUCUUCGUUCUAGUUCAGUGCGUCUUCCUGGAGCUCCCAAGUCAGAGUACAAACCGAUCAAAGACUUGGCACUCAAGGUGUAUGCCAAUGGCCGCGGAAUGCUGCGUACAGCUGCCAACAUUGCACGGUCUACCUGGCAGAAGUCACACGUACAUGUUCCGCGCCCUGCUUCUGAGUACAUGCACGAUCCUGACAGUGUGAUACGAGAUGGCUUCCGCCAAAUUCAUCGGUCAUACUUGUCUCUGCCUCAGGCGCGCAGCAGCAACAACAAUAACAAGGAUAACAAGGACAUUCAUCCCGCAUUGCGAGGUCUACAUUCCUCGACUGAGACAUUAGUCGGCGCAGACAUGGGCAGAAUUAAGGAAGUCACCGUGUCCAACACCCCACCAAGAGAAGAGACUGGCAGGAUUCCAGAGGCCAAUGUCGCAACAGUAGAAACCAUUUCGCGAGGAACAUCGACCAACUCCAGUUCCCCGACAGUUUCUAGAAGUCCUACGAUUGAGGUUCCUACUAUUGAAAUACCCACUUCUCCUGGAGCACCACCGAUUUCAUUGGCUCGUGUGUAUCGCGUCGAUAUGGAUUUCCGCCCUGUCAGCCCUGAGCACAUUGGACUGAAGGAGGGUCAAACAGCUAUCCUCCACCUAGUGUACGAAGACGGAUGGGCACUGGUCACCGUCCUCGAAACCAACAAAGAAGGCCUUGUCCCUCGGGCAUGUUUCUCCGCACAACCAAUACGGAACCAAGCCCAAUACCUCGGAAACAACAUCAGCAUCUCGACAGAUCACGUACCUCGCUCUCCGCGUCCUGCCACUCCCACAUCACCAUGUGAAUCCACAUCUGAUGGCGACCUCGGGCGGUUCUAUUCGAACUGCGUGAGUCCGGAGUUGCCGCCAAUGGACGAUGAGAGGCCACAGGCUCCGAAGCUGAAGUCUUUGCCGUCGCUUGCAAGUUUCCUUAAAUCACCGCCCAGCUUCAAGAGCAUGGUUUAG